GAGCAGGGGUUUGUUCGAAUUCAGACGUUACUUCCACCUUUGCUUUUGCUUCAAAAUCCCUCCUUUUCCUCACUCACUCUCCUCCAACACUCCGAGCUCCUCCGGCCUCCCAAAACCCACGUUUCACCAUGAUGAACGCCCCCAUAAUCGAUCCACUACAGGGAGACUUCCCUGAAGUCAUAGAGGAGUAUUUGGAACAUGGGGUUAUGAAAUGCAUUGCGUUCAAUCGUCGUGGCACCCUUCUUGCAGCUGGGUGCUCUGAUGGGAGCUGUGUUAUCUGGGAUUUUGAGACCAGAGGAAUUGCAAAGGAGCUUCGGGAUAAAGAAUGUGUCGCUGCCAUAACAAGUGUCUGCUGGUCAAAGUAUGGUCAUUGUAUUCUUGUCUCUGCUGCUGACAAGUCAUUAACACUUUGGGACGUCCUUAAUGGAGAAAGGAUUACACGCAUAGUUCUGCAGCAAACUCCACUGCAAGCUCGUCUACAUCCUGGUUCAUCUACUCCUUCUAUCUGCUUGGCUUGUCCACUCUCAUCUGCUCCCAUGAUUGUUGAUUUAAAUACAGGAGACACAAACACACUCCCAAUUACUGUUUCUGAUGUCAGUAAUGGAGUUGCUCCUGCAUCACGGAACAAAUAUUCAGAUGGAACUCCUCCCUUCACCCCUACUGCUGCAUGCUUCAACAAGUAUGGAGAUCUUGUUUAUGUGGGCAACUCCAAAGGGGAAAUUCUUAUAAUAGAUCACAAUAGCAAUAAAUUGCGCGCCUGGGUUCCUGUUUCUGGGGGUGCUGUGAUAAAAAAUAUUGUAUUCAGCAGGAAUGGGCAGUAUCUCCUUACAAAUUCAAAUGAUCGGACUAUUCGGAUAUAUGACAAUCUUCUGCCAUUAAAAAAUGGACUUGGAGUCCUUGACGACCUUGACAAGACUAUUGAUGAGAUAGACAGUGUUGAGAAAUUAAAGUUGGUUGGAUCAAAGUGCUUAGCACUUUUCCGUGAGUUUCAAGAUACCAUCACCAAGAUGCAUUGGAAAGCUCCAUGUUUCAGUGGUGAUGGUGAGUGGGUAAUUGGUGGUUCUGCAAGCAAAGGGGAGCACAAGAUUUACAUAUGGGACCGGGCUGGGCAUCUUGUGAAAAUUCUUGAAGGUCCUAAGGAAGCAUUGAUAGAUUUAGCAUGGCAUCCUGUUCAUCCUAUUAUUGUUUCUGUUUCCUUGACUGGUUGGGUUUAUAUCUGGGCCAAAGAUUAUACUGAGAAUUGGAGUGCUUUUGCUCCAGAUUUUAAAGAGCUUGAGGAAAAUGAAGAAUAUGUAGAACGGGAAGAUGAAUUUGAUUUAAUUCUUGAGAGUGAAAAGGUCAAAGAAUCAGAUGUUAAUGAAGAUGAUGAAGUUGAUAUCAUGACAGUGGAUAAGGAUGCUUUCAGUGAUUCAGAUAUGUCACAAGAAGAGCUGUGCUUCUUGCCAGCCAUUCCUUGCCCUGAUGUUCCAGAGCAGCAAGACAAGUGUGGUGGGAGUUCUUCUAAGUUGAUGGAUGGCAAUCAUUCUGGGUCCCCCCUCUCUGAAGAGGCUGGACAAAAUGGUCAAAUGACAAACCAUGCAUCAAGUCCACUUGAAGAGGACACUGGAGGAACGCGCAUAAAAAGAAAACGGAAGCCUUCAGAGAAGGGAUUAGAGUUGCAGGCAGAGAAGGUCAGAAAACCCGUGAAAGCUUCUGGCAAAGUUGUAUCCUGGAAAAAAUGUCUUGUGGAGUUAACUAUGACAACUAAAGCAAGUUUAAAAGUUUAUGAUUUGGGUGGAGAUUUUACUAGUCUUUACCCUUGGAUUGACAUCCGAAAAGUGACGGAUGCUACAUGAGGAUGAUCCAAUGGUACAAAUGGGAGGUAAUAUUACCCCAUUCCAUUGUAAUAUAGCUUUAAAGAUGUUAGAAUUAGUUAACUGGUUAAAUGUCCACCAAAUUUGGAAAUACACUAUAAUCCUUUUGAGAACUUUCUCUUAAUAGUCAUAUCACCUGAGAAUGAUUUGUUCUACUA